AUGGAGGAGAAGGUGGAGAAGAAAAGUCCAGUCAAGUAAGGAAGCUUUUGGCGUUGUUUUAGAGUCGAAGUUUGAUACGAUUAUAGCGCGUGCUCCAAAUCGAAUUUGUGUCUCUUGAAUCCUGUUGUUUUUGUUGGAAAACGAGCACUGCGAGACUAUUGCGUGAUUGUUAAUCAUAUAAAGGUAUCAAGAGUGAAAGAAAAUGAAAUGCUGGAGUCUAAGAUGUUAGGAGAUGUAAAUAUCUGCCCCUUCUAUGCAGAAAAGCGACGAUAAGUUUCAGAAAAUAAAGGCAAUCGACCAAUCGAAUCACUCGUGUGCAAGCUUAGAGCAGUUGAAAUUUCUCGAGUGUUUGGACUGUUUUGUCUCACCACAGGAUUCGUAAAGUGUUAAGGCCGAGCACAGAUGAGAAUUACUGGGACUGUAGUGUGUGUACGUACAGAAAUGGAGCCGAAGCCUUUAAAUGUGCGAUGUGCGAUGUUAGAAAGGGAACUUCAACAAGGUAACGCGUGGCACUAGAGUAUUUGUUUGUUCUCUAUAAUUACUGUCUGCAGGACAGAAAAUUACGGUCGCAAUGUGUUUCCCAUGCUUCACGCAUCUGGAGUAUGUUUUUGUUUUGUUUUGAAUAGAAAUGACAAAAUAACAUUAGGUAGAAUCAUUUCGAAGGGUGAAAGUAAAAAAAUUGCAAUUCGAUAUGGUUUUUGUGACAGAUGAUACAAAAUCAAACGCCAUGUGCAUGAAGAUCGAACACGAUCUACCAUAAGUCAACUUAUAAAAGAUUCGAAACAGAUGCUUGUGGUCGAGUCUUAGCAUUUUUGCGGUCAAACUUUCGCCUUUUGUAAAUAUUGCGCUUUCAAUAAUAAACGCGUGACCCAUUCCAUGAUUACAAGGGACCUUUUGUUAAUUUAUGAUGGCCUUUAAAGGUUACUUUUGUAGUGUACCAAUUCUCCCCACCCGACCCUCCUCGGAAUGUACAUGUUAUACCACUGUCUAGAAUAUACAGACUGUUUUGUCUUAAUGAUGUUCAGAAACCUUAACUGUAUGGAUUUGUGUUCAGUUUUGUUUGUUAUUUUUAGGAUUAAUUGAAGAAGGGAGAAAAGCAGGAUGUUUUCCUGUUUAUUUUUUCCCCCUUUUAGAAAUUCAGCAUGACUGAAAUUUCUGCUGAGAAUUAAUUUCUUCAGUUUCCUGUCUAAGGGACAGAAUUUAAAUUAGAUAGGAAGUGAUUAGUUUCAUAUUUACUUCUCAGAGAGUUGUAAAGAUGCGAGCUAAGUGCUAGAUGAUUCCUUGAUGAACAAUUGGAAUGAUUUUGAAUACAUGCAACAUGUGACUCACAGAGUUUUUUAUUUGACUGAAGGGGGAACAUUGUUUUGCCUUCGUAUUCAUGUGGAUCAAAGACAAUUCAAAUAAUUAUGAUUAGUUAAAUUAAAUUACAAAAUUUUCAUGUUAGGUGAUAAUUGGAUUUUAGAAGUUUAUUUUUAACGCUUUAACUCCCAGGAUCUCAUUAGUAAUUUUCCUUUCUAUCUGCCAUAUAAUUCUUAUGUUAGUUCAGAGAAUUUGCUAUCGGAUCAACUAAGAACCCCCUAACUGAUAUUUUUCUUUAUUCUCAUUACUUGCCUGCUUGAUAUUGUAUUGAUAUUGUAAGGAGAAAUUCUGUCUUUUAUUUAUUUAUUAGCUUUGCUAACAAUACAUACAAUGGUAAAUUACAAUAACAAUAAUGGGCAGGCAACCACAACAGCAAUAGCCAAUUACUGUGGUCCCAGGAGUAUUAAAAUAGCACAAUGAUUACAUCAAUAAUUAAUAAUUAAGAACAGCAUGGAGUUAGUGUUGUUUUCAAGCUACGACAUGAAUUACAUUUUGUACAGAUAGUUUUAUAAGUCCAGGGAUUGUCAAUGUCAUAGAUCUCUUGAUCACUCAUGGUCACUCAUGGGAGUUUAGGGGUUAAUCCUUCUGUUAAUUGUGGGAGUUUAGGGGUUAAUCAUUCUGUGUCACUAAUAUUUAUUUUUGUUGCAUUACCAGGAAACCAAAACUUAAUUCUCAGUUAGUAGCUCAGCAAGUUGCUCAACAGUUUGUUACAUCACCUCCUCCCUUAAAAAAGGCUGUGGCUAAAAGACCAUUUAAAAAAUUAAGGUAAGCAGUACAAACUUUAAUAGAGUAUAUUGUUUGUACAAAAUUAGAGCUUUUUAUGUACUUUGGGCCUGCACAGAAAUAAAAUAGCUGCCCACAUUGGUGAAAGUCAAUUUUUUUUCUGUAGCACACACCUUGGAUGAGAGUUGGAGAAUCCUUCAAGCUCUGGUCUCCUGACUUAAUCCCAAGUUCUCUCCCUAGUAGCAGGGAAUUGUUUUGAUUUUACUAACAGUUUUCUGUUUACAACUUACUCACAUAAGUUUAAGAAAAGUCAAGGUAGCCAGCUUUUUAGCCACCAGUUGGCACUAAAUGAGAACCAUUACCCUAUGAGAUUGCCUUGCUAUUCCCAUUUUGUACCCUUUUCCACUUGUUACAACCCCCUUAUUGUAGAGAAAUUCAAGAUACCAGCAAAAAUGUGGAAAGAAAUUAUUCAGCACCCACCCACCCAAAUGUUCUACCACAUGGGAAUGUGAAAUGAUUCAUAGUUAUCUAAAACUUUUUAAUUUUAUAGGCCUCGACUCAAAAACAUUGACAGAAGCAGUGCACAGCACAUGGCCGUCACCGUAGGAAACAUCACUGUGAUUAUAACAGAUUAUAAACUUUUAAAACCUGAAAAUUCACCCUCUGUCACACCAGACAGGAAUUCACCCAGACCACUGUCAGAAGAUGGCACAGACCCUGGGCCAUCUCUUGGUUCUGAAUUUACAAGUAAUGGAUUAAAUAAUCAGGAUGACAGCUCCUGACAAAAGAAUGAUUUUUAUAUUGGUACAGUAAUUAUUAGGAACAAUUUGUAUUUUUUGUGUCAUUAGAGGGGAUCAAGAAUCUUUUUCUGUCUUUUCUUAUGAUUUCUACUAAACAAAAUCCCCUUCAAAAGCUGUUGGUAAGACAGUCAGUGCUCUUUAUACAGACACCUCUGUCACAGGUGCUUUCACCUCAAGAAAGAACAGUAAAGAUGGUGCUGCCAUUUCAAUGUUCAAUUUGUCAAAACAGUUUGGAAUUGAGACACAAAGUGGUCUCUUAGGUGUCUGUUUUAGAGAGAAUUGACUUAACAUCUCUUUCUAACAAGUCUCAAAGAACACUGCAUAUGUGCAUCAGUGUAUUCUCACUGGCUAAAAAAAACCUUGCUUUGUACCUAGCAGGAGAGCAAGCCUGUUUUCAGAAUGUAAUCACCCAAAUCAGGGUAAUAGUUAAUUAACUCAGUUUUUGUGCUUGUGAUUAGCAAUGAAAGGUUUAAAUUACACUGUGCUACUUUCUUUCUGAUUGUGUUAAUUCAUGUAGUAUGUUUUGUUUGUUGUCAUCCAUAAAAACUAUUGAAAAGGUGGGUAUGACAGCUAUUUACCAUAUAGAUAGGAAAUGAUUCAUAAAAUAAUUGAGAGACCAGAAAAUGGUAGAGAAAGAAACAUUGAUUCAAACUUUAGGUGCUGAUCUAAAGAAAACAAUAAAAGAUUUCAAAUAUUCUUUUUUAAAAAAUUUUCUUACAUUUCUCAAUUAUUAGGAUGUUACUAAUUUGUUGGUGUAGCUCUAUUUGUUUAGUUCAUGGGGUAAUAUGAAACUUGUCUGAAGGCUUUUGCCUGUAAAUAACUGGCAUUACAGUACAUUAAAUAACAUUUUUACAAUUUUUUCUCAGAUCCCAUAUUAAGUUGUCAAAGUCCAUGAUGGCCAUACAAACUUAAAAACAAUUAAACAAAUGAUCAUAAUUGUCAUCAAGUCUUUGUGUGCUCAUUUCUUUACCUUUAAUCAAUCCUUUGCAUAAAUAAAAAAAGAAACUGUAUAAACAUAUUUUGGGGAGAAGCAUGUACUUUAAAUAUGGAGGGAAAGUGUGUACUAGACUACAAGUAGUCCCUCCUUUUCAGCAAUGUCUGUUGAGCCAGUAAAAAAAAAACAAGCAAAAAAUUAAUGUUAGC